CAGAGAGCCGUCACGUGACUGCCAUCUGGCUCGGCCAAGAUGGCGGCCUCCUGCCUGGCCGUGCUGGUGAUGGCCGCAUCCCUGCUGCUGCUGCUCCUGGUCCUGUGGAAGCGCUGGCGGCGGGGGCGAGCGGAUUGGCACGUGAUCAUUGUGGUGCUGGGCGACGUGGGCCGCAGCCCCCGCAUGCAGUACCACGCACUGUCGUUUGUCAAGAGCGGCUUCUCCGUGACCCUUAUGGGCUUCUGCAACUCCAGACCCUAUGAUGAGCUCUUGCAGAACAACAGAAUUCAGAUUGUGAGUUUGACAGAACUUCCGAAACUUGCAGUUGGGCCCCACAUUUUUCAGUAUGGAGUCAAAGUUGUUUUUCAGUCAGUGUACCUGUUGUGGAAGUUGAUGUGCAGGGAGCCAGCAGCCUACAUCUUUCUCCAGAACCCCCCGGGCCUGCCUGCCAUUGCUGUGUGCUGGCUUGUGGGCUGCCUUUGUGCAAGCAAGCUCGUCAUUGACUGGCACAACUACGGCUACUCCAUUAUGGGUUUGGUGCAUGGUUCCAGCCACCCGCUUGUUCUGCUGGCCAAGUGGUACGAGAAGCUCUGCGGGCGCCUGUCACACCUGAACUUGUGUGUGACCAACUCGAUGCGGGAAGAUCUGGCACAGAACUGGGGCAUCAAAGCUGUGACCGUCUAUGACAAGCCAGCAUCUUUCUUUAAAGAGACGCCCUUGGGCCUGCAACACCGGCUCUUUAUGAAGCUGAGCUGCACCUACUCUGCAUUCAAGGCCUGCUCAGAACCCCUGGACCCAGACACAGAGAGGUCGGCUUUCACAGAGCGGGAUCCUCAGAGUGGGGUGGUGACACAUCUUCGUGAGCGGCCGGCCCUGUUGGUCAGCAGCACCAGCUGGACAGAAGAUGAAGACUUCUCCAUCUUGCUGGCAGCAUUAGAAAAGUUUGAACAGCUGAUCCUGGAUGGAGAGAGCCUUCCUUCUCUGGUCUGUGUGAUAACAGGCAAAGGGCCUCUGAAGGAGUAUUACAGAGGCCUCAUCGGCCAGAAGCAUUUCCAGCACAUCCAAGUCUGUACUCCGUGGCUGGAGGCUGAGGACUACCCCCUGCUUCUAGGGUCGGCAGACCUGGGUGUGUGCUUGCACAAAUCCUCCAGUGGCCUGGACCUGCCCAUGAAGGUGGUGGACAUGUUUGGGUGCUGUCUGCCCGUGUGUGCCGUGAACUUCCAGUGCUUACACGAGCUUGUGAAACAUGACGAAAAUGGCCUGGUCUUCGAGGGCCCUGAGGAGCUGGCGGCUCAGCUGCAGAUGCUUUUCUCAGCGUUUCCUGAUCCUACUGGCAAACUAAGCCAGUUCCGGCAGAACCUCCGGGAAUCAGAGCAGCUUCGUUGGGAUGAAAGCUGGAAGCAGACCGUGCUCCCUUUGGUUAUGGACACAUGACCCUUUGGGCCAAAUACUGAGAGCUCCUGAGCGACCCCCAAUUCCUUUUAGCCUCUUCUAGCCUAUCUGGCCUUGACAAACGCUUUAGAGCAGCGCCUCCCAGUGGAUAGCAGCUGGAAUGACGGCUGUGGAAUGAAAUGUUUUUCUGACCCAGUUUGUGGCCCAAGAAACUGGUUAACCCUGGUUUCCUCCCUCGAGGCUCUCAAUCACUCCUUCUCCUGAUCUGAGUCUUUCUUUCCCCCCAGUAUUAUUACUUUCCUGUUAUUUGCACGUGGUAUCGUCAACCUCUCUUAGGCCUGUUACGGUGUCUGCCUUUCCCAGCAUCUGCCCUGUUGUGUCCCUAGUAUUGUCUUUCCUGCCUUGAGGACAGGCACUGCAGUCUGCUGCCUUGUAAGAGUUUAAUAAGACGUGCCACAUGUACAACAGGCUUGGCUUCGUGAUAGACGUGGGUCCAGUCACCGGUGGGGGGAAACAUACUUGAUCUGUGUUUUUAUUUGCCCAAAUGAAAUGCUUGUUUCUGAGCCAAAAAUUCAUUUUUGAUUUAUGGAGGUUUGUUUACUUAAGAGCCAGAACUAGUGAUAGAAAGGGGCACCCACUUGAAUGUAUUUUAUUAGAACACAGUUUGUGGUUCCUGAUUCUGAAUUUAACAUUCUUAAAAAAAUUUUUUUCUUUAACGUUUAUUUUUGAGAGAGAGACACACAGAACGGAGCGAGGAAGGAGCAGAGAGAGGGAGACACAGAAUUCCAAGUAGGUUCCAGGCUCUGAGCUGUUAGCACAGAGCCUGAUGUGGGGCUCGAACUCACAAACUGUGAGAUCAUGACCUGAGCCGAAGUCGGACGCUCAACGGACUGAGCCACCCAGGCGCUCCCUGAAUUUAACAUUCUUCAAGCAUUCAAGUCCAGUGGAAAUUUUACCAGCUUUCCCACAUAAAAAUUCUUUCCAGGAUGGUGAUUUAAUUUUAAUGGUAAUCUUUAAAACCAUUUGUAAACCUACAGAGUUAGUUUCAGAAUUGCCAUCUCUGAGUGCUCUUCAUAGGGAAACAGCUUCUGGUCGUGAUGAGGCACUGCUUCCCAUGGGAUCCCAGCAAUGCCUGGAAACAGAAUAUGUGUCUCAGGAAGGUGGGGUUUGGGGACACGACCCCACCCGAUAUAGGUUAGGGCUGCAGGACAGGCCUAGGGGUUAUAUACAAACCACAGACUUCCAGGCCCCAACCAGACACCUAGAGUCAUUUCAGGGAUGGACCAAGAACUGAGUUUUUAAAUGGCUCACAGCAGCCAGGUUUGUUGCCCCUGCCUUCUGGGCCAUGUGCAUCCCUGGAAGGUCACAGACCUGUCUGGGUUUCUUGCCCACUCAGCCUGGUGCCUCUUCGCACAGGCUAGAUGUACAUCAGAAGGGGUUCAUCUCUUCACAAGCACAGAUGUCUUCAUAAGCACAGAAGCCCUUGGCAAAGAUCAUUUUGUCAUCAGGUUUUUACAAGUGAAAAUAAUUAUUUAUAAAAAUGAAAUCUUAGACAUAAAAGUACAGAAGUGUCAGGGCACCUGGCUGGCUCAGUCGGUGGAGCAUGCGACUCUUGAUCUUGGGGCCGUGAGUUCAAGCCCCAUGUUGGACCUAGUGGUUAUUUACAAAAAGUGUUUGUGUGUGUGUGUGUGUGUGUGUGUGUGUGUGUUUAUCUAUAAUCCUGCCACCAAGUGUAACUACUGUUACUUGGUGCGUGUUUUUCAGAUUAUCCCCUAGAUGCACAUUAACACAAACAUGAUUAUU